CAUAAAUCUAUAUAACAGACAAGCAUAUCUCUAGGAUGAAAAUAGCAUAAUUAAAGUAUUAAAUACAUGAAAAAUAGUCCAAAUUUUUAUUUAUAAAUAAGUUUAUUUAUUAAUGCAAUAGAAGAAGGUUUGGAGAAAGAUUUAAUAUGAUAUUCGAGAUAAGCCAAUUCUUUAACUUAAAUUUCAAAAGGUAGGCAAAAAAUCAAAUGAUAUUUAUAUAGGAUGUUUUAAUGAAUAUCUGAUAAAAUAUAAAGUAAGAGUUUUUAAAAAGAAUAUAGGAUCCAUUCUACACAAUCCCUUAUAAGUUAUUUGAUUUAGAAUUCACAAAUAAAUUUGAAGUAAUAAGAACUCCUUCUAAAUUAAAAUAAGAGAAACCUCAUAGUAAAGUAAGAGGUGAAGAGAUCUUAGAAUUAGGAGAAAUCGUAGCUAUUCGAUUAAUUAUGGAAAAUAUUGAUAAGCCAUAUGAAAUAUAGGGAAAGACUGAUUAAAUGCAUCAAUUGAGAAGCUUUUUGGGUAACAAAAUCAAUUAAAUUGGAUUUCACAAUUUAUUUCGUGUAUAUAAAAAAAUUGGGAGAGGAAAUUUUGCAUCUGUUUAUUUAGCAGAAAGAAUAGAAGACAAUCUAAGAAUGGCUGUUAAAGCAUUUUCAAAACAAAUUGUUUAUAAUGAAGAUAAAGGAAGAGUAUAUUUUACUGUUUUUCAUUUUAGGAAGGAUUAAUAAAUGAAAUAUAGAUAAUGAGAGAAUUAGAUCAUCCUAAUUUAAUGAAAUUAUAUGAAGUCUAUGAAACUAAGAAUUCUAUCUAUAUGGGUCUUGAAUUACUAGAGGGAGAUCAAUUAUUUGAGUAUUUAAAAAAGAAAAUCUAAUUUACAGAAAAAUAAAUUCAAAGUAUAAUGGUUGGUUUAUUGAUGGGCCUUAAACAUAUGCAUAUUAAAGGAAUUAUGCAUAGAGAUCUUAAAUUAGAGAAUAUCUUAUUUAAAUAAUAAGGGUAUUAUAAAAAAUAUAUAAAGAAAUUUUGAUUCUGUUGUUAUAGCUGAUUUUGGAUUAGCCACUCAUAUUAAUAAAAAACCAUAUUUAUAUUAAAAGUGUGGCACACCUGGAUUUGUUGCUCCAGAAAUCAUCAAUUUAAAAAAUGUAUAUUAACCUUAUGAUUCAGUUUGUGAUGUUUAUUCAAUGGGAGUUGUAUUUUAUAUAUUGUAUUUUAUUUAUUUUAUAUAAUUAGAUUAACUGGAAGACCUGCUUUUACUGGUAAAACUUAUAAUACAAUUGUUAAAUAAAAUAAAGAAGCUAAUGUUAAUUUUGAUUCUCCACUUUUUUAAAGUGCGGCUAAAGAUGUUUAAAAUCUUAUUUUUCAAAUGCUUUAAAAAGAUCCUUCAUUAAGAAUUAAAAGUAGCGAAGCUUUAUUACAUCCUUAUUUGUAAAGUGCUUUAUUGAUUGAUGAUGAUGAAGCUCACAUUUCUACAGAUGAUGAUCCUAAUCUUAUGGAAAGAAUUAAAAUACUUAAUAAAUAGUUAUAAAUCAUUUAUAUUUUUAUUUAGAACUGAAAAAGUUGAUUUCACAAGAAUCAAAAGAUAAAACAGUUAAAAUAUUAAAGACUUAGCUUUAUAAGGCACUUAAGAAUUAAAAUAAAACUAAUCCUCUGAUGAAGAACUUAAAAUUGUUAUGAGGACACCAGUUAUCACAGGAAGAAUCAAUUCUGUUGAUAGUAUUUUGUAUUUUUUAUUUAGAUUCUCCUAUGUUAAAAUGCCUUUCACCUUUCCAAAGUACUGGUGGUUAUGAUGAAAUAGCCCAUGAUUAGAUUAUUUUGUAAAGAUAUUCUGGAAAAACACUAAAGAUAUGACUUUAUUAUUUUUAUAUUUUUAAUACAU